AUGAACUCGGGAAAGCUCGAUAUUAUCUACUCUACGGUCUUCCUGGCGGCCAAUGACGAGCUCAGGCGCGGUGUGCGCUUGGACCACAGGGCCAUGUCGGAGGAACAGAACGUGUCACUUCUGGUGGACAAGAAUACCAAAUACACAUCCACAGGGCACGCGAUCGCGCCUGACGAGGUACUUGAGGGUGUCAAGACGUCUAAUAUCAAAAUCCCAUUGCUUGAGCGCGCGGAUUUUGCUGGUGCUAAGUUGCCCGAUUCGGACUUGCUCGCGGCGUUGCACUACUACAUCGUGAACCAACUGGAGGUCUUGCCCGCUCGGUACAAGAACCGAUUCCGCAAAGUUUUUGACGAAACUGCAAUGUUAGCGUUAGGGGUGUUGGUGGAAGAGUGGGCGGAUGAGCUAAUCACCGAGGACAACGCGAGACUCUUCUUGGAACCGAGUGAAGAGCCGGGGGAAAAGACAACCGAGGAGGGGUCCAAGUAA